CUUAUACGUCAGCAAUAACGGCAGGCGUUGACGUAAUAUCAAUAGAAAGAGAAGCGUUGCAGUGAUACGGCUAACGCUUAUAUUUAAACAUGUGAAUACUUCAAUGGAACGUAAUUGAUAUUUUAGAACUAUGUUAAUUUACUUUGAAAAUGUGUGCGAGAAAAUCACUUACUGCAACCACAGCAGAAACAAUCGGCCAGGAAGUCCUCAUUGAUCCAAAACAUACUCAGCACUAAAGACUGGAGAAUAGGAAAUAAUGACGUUAGGUUCAUUCCAGUUAUUGCCCUUCAUGUGGAUUGGAUGGAGUUUAAUUUGCUCAGAUUUUAGAUUCAGUAUUGGAGCACCUGCAAAACAAAGGGAAUACAAAUACACAAGUGCUCAACUUUCAAGGCCUUGUUGGGAGACAGAAGAGUUCACAGUGCAGCAGGAAUGUUUUGAAUGCUCAGAUUAUCAAAAGAAAACAGAAUUGGAAUGCAAAAUUUCUGGAUUUGUUGAAAAAAUCAACUGUAAGUUGGGUCAGGAUGAAUACAGAAAUUGCCGCUCUGUGUCAGCAGAGGAGCUAAAAUUUUGGAAAUUUGAAGGCUGUGUAAUUUCUUUGGGUACGAUCUUUGCUUUUAUUGUCCUCAUCCGACAGCGGGCUUUGGACAGACGAGCAGAAAACAAAGUCAGGCGUCAGAUUGAAGGAAUCUGAGAAUGUCUACUGGUUUGUAGUUUUGCUGUUUUUACCUUCAAAUAUGGUUUUGUCCUUCAUAUAUGUUGAUUUAAUCGCCAUAUAACUCUGGUAUAUCAAGAAAUGAAUAUACAGUGUCUCUGGAAAACAUUUCAGUUCCUGAUUACUAUUGCAGUUUAGCCCACUAAACUGAAAUGUUAUUUCAUGUGUGCUUUAAAGUUUUAUCUGUUAUAAUAUUUUUGUUAAUAAAAAUAUAAAUAGUGUAACUGAUACAGAUGGUGUAGCUCUUUGCUAUUUUUAUAAUGUAAAUAGAUACAUGGUAUGCAGUUUUCCACAUAUACCGAAUAUAAUUUCAGUGUUGGUUUGGGCACUGUUUGCUUUGCUAAAAUGCCUGAUGACUGAAUAAGAAUCUAAAUCAAAAAUAUUACUUACUUUUAACUGUUUUUCUUGCUUCUAACAAUUGUACUUAUGACAAUGGAUAAUGGUGAAAGUUUUCAUCAAGAAUGUAAACCUGAUAUAAUCAGCUCAAUCAGUAUAUUAACACUUUUGUGUUUUAUUCCUACAUAUUCGUGAACAAAAUUACAUUUUUGAAGAAUAGACACUAUAAACAAACAACCUGCACUGGCAACUAGAUUAUUUAAAUUCUUUUUUUUCUACAAUCAUGUAGUUACUGUAAGCAAGAUAUAGAGAAAAAUGGAGUUCAGACACCUUGCAUUUUUAUAUCCAGUUACAAUCAUGUCAGUUACUGCUUGUGAAGCAAUGUGGUAAGCUAAUGUCCCUUGGCUUUAUAAUGUUACUAUACUAUUUUUAGCUUAAUUACUGGGGGAAAAAGGUAACUAAUACACAUUACAUGUUCAUGUAGUAACAAAGACAGAAUAAAGAACAUUCUAAAAAAGUGACUUGAAUUUAUGACCCUUAUUGUCACUGUGAGAAACACUACAAGGCAAAAUUACUGCAUUUUUCUUUUUAGACUAAGGAAUUCUGCCUGAGGGAGAGAACAAAAAAUUAAACAUUUCACUAAUACAGUAUAUGCAUUAGUCACUUAUUGUAUUUUAGCACUUAACUGGAAAGUUACAUCCAAAUUAGCUUUUGAUUUUGUGGAAGAUGAACUAUAGUGUUUCCAAUCAUUGAAGCUGUACAUCUUAUUUCUUGCUGUGAGGUAUCUUUGCUUGCCUGUUUUUUUUGAUAUUUUUGACAGUUUUUUUUUUUAAUUGAAUCUAAAAUGCUGUAAGCAUAAACAAUAAUGCAAGUAAGGCAGAUGAAAUUAUUUAACUUGUGAAGAUCAAUAAGGUAUUUAGAUAUUCAUUUCCUUGCCUUAACUCCCAUUUGGAAGAUUGUGGGUUCGCUACCCGGUUCCUCCCUGUGUGGAUAGCGCUUUGAGUACUGAGAAAAACGCUAUAUAAAUGUAAUGAAUUAUUAUUAUUAUUAUUUGUUUUUGCAGAAUAAACACUGUAUUGUCUGAUCCUAAAUAUGGAAAGAAAAAGAAACAUAGUAAAGAGAAUAUUACAGUGAUUGUUAUUUAUUUUUUUGUAAUAUUUUUUUUUUUUGCAAAUAAUCAAAUUACUUCUGAGCAGUAACUUUGUAUAUAACACUAACUAAAACAGAUAACAGAGAUCAUUUAAAAUAUUUUAUGGUGUGAUAGCUCUAAUUCAGGAAAGAAUUUUCCUACAAGCCAUUUUUGUUUUACCGUAGAAAAUAUUUAUAUUACUAUUACUUUUAAUAUUUUAAUUAAGGAUAUCCAAACAUAUGUUUUCUGGUAUGCACAAUGUGUUUAAAGAUGUGUCUUAAUAUCCUAUAAUGUGAAAUAAGAGAAUUGCUUCAUAAUGUUUCAUUUGAUGCUAUGUAGUUGGCUACACACACUUGGCAGAUUAAUGUUUAUAUCACCACCCCAUUUUGUUAAUUUCCUUCUUGAUAACAUUAAAAAUGCAUUUUUUUUCUUUUAACAUUAAAAAGCUUUUUUUGGUCUCUGGUAACCUUAAUGGACAGCUGAACAUGUGAUAUUUAUACUGUUUGGCUUUUCAGGCUGCUAAGUUUUCGUCUUUGGAGGGUCACAGAACCUAUUGUUUGUUUCUCAACGAAUUUCUCCCAUUAGAACUAAAACUGUAACAUAAUUAGACUUAAUGUUCCUAUUUCUAUUAGCUUUUUGUUUUUAUCAUUUUAAUGUAUCAAAAGUCUGUAUUAUUUUAAACAGCUUUAUCAGAGAAUUAUAGAUGGACAAGGCAAUUUAUGAUGAACUGACUGACAUUGAUGUUUUCUUGGGAUGCAUUGUCAUUUGCAUUUACUCUUCAUUACUGGUCACAAAAUUAUCCUACUGUAGCAGAUUAAAAGAAAUUGUCAUGCAUGCCAGUGUGUGCACAUACUGUACAUGUGUGAGUAAGUGAUUGUGUACAUGUACCUUACAAUGGAGUGGAGCCUCAUCCCGUAUUGACCCCCCUACUUAGUACUAGAAUUGGAAAAUGGGAAAACAGUAUAGAAUUUCAGCUCUGUAUACUAUAUAGUACUGCUUAUAUUAGAGUUUAUAUUUUAUUGUGCAUAUUAUUAACAAUAGCCCUUAGCUUAUGUGCAAUUAUAUUACCUAGUCAGUCAUUUUUUGUACAACAACUUCUGUUGUAGACUCAUUAUGAAGGAAAGCUUGCAGGAUCACACAGUGAUAAUAAAAUAUCACCCAGUGACCUUGUGGUUACAAGUUAAUUUCUUUGAAAUAUUAUUCUACAUUACAUACACAGAUGUCUUAUUGAGCUUACUUGAAAACAAAAUGUGCUACACUGUAACCUUUAGAAAACAAACUGCUGAUUUCUGCUGUUACAUUGAACAGAUGUUACAGAUGAUGUAUGAUGACAACCGUAUAAAUGUCUGUGGAAUUCUGCAGCCUAAAACUGACUGCAUUUAACUUUUAUUAACUUGUUAUAAUGGGCUCUCUUUCUCAACCAAUACCAGUGACUGAAAACGUUUUUCUUUAGUUUCAUUCUAGUCAGUAUCAGAUAAUUCUAUAAUAUAUUAUUGUAAAUAAUUCAGUUAAAUAUUUGAAAAUGUAUGUAUUAUUUAUAUAAAUAAAUCAUCCAAUCUUUAUAGUC